GCAUCUGUUCAGUGCGAAGGAGAAUGAGCACGGCCAUGUCGAGUUAAACGCACACUGAGAAAAAAAGCACACAAAAGAACCCAAAACAGCCGUCAGACCAAGCGAAUCUAAAGAGAGCGUGAGAAGAGCAGUCGAGCAACCCCGAAGGACUGAUUUAAAGCGCAAAGAUGAGCGGAGGGACGCCUUAUAUCGGCAGCAAGAUCAGCCUGAUCUCAAAGGCCGAGAUCCGAUAUGAGGGAGUUUUAUACACCAUCGACACUGAGAACAGCACUGUAGCUCUGGCGAAAGUCAAAUCGUUUGGCACUGAGGAUCGCCCCACAGACAGACCCAUCCCCCCUCGAGAUGACAUCUUUGAGUACAUCAUAUUUCGAGGAAGCGACAUCAAAGAUCUGACUGUGUGCGAGCCACCCAAACCCACCUGUAAUCUUCCUCAGGACCCGGCCAUCGUGCAGUCCUCUCUCGCAUCCACCACUGGCCCUGCGGCUCCUUCCUUUCAGUCGUACACCCCCUUCAGUCGAGCCCCUGUGGCCCCGUACAGCCAGUUCAGCUCCAGUCCACUGGUACCCCAGGCGUUCGGAGCAGCAGUCGCUGGUGGAAGCAGCUCAGGUCCUGCGUUCAGUAGCGAGAGAAGCAGUACUGCCCCUCUGUCCCAGAGCACUGCUUUACCUCACUCGCUGAGUCACGAAGUCGAAGGUCGUUCGAGCCCGUCUCUGGAGCCCCUAAAGAAAACCCCGACCCUGGAGCAUGCGGUUCAGACAGCCAGUGUCGCUCCCCCUGCAACUGCAGCAGGUUCAGUGAGUCAGAGGUGUCCUGGAGCACCUCGACCCGCGCUCAGUGCUCAGAAACCUGCUGAAAACCUGGAGCUAAACAAGGCGUCUGAUGUUCAGAAGGUCACCCGGGAAUUACUUUGCCCAGAAUCGGACACAAACAGGCCUGAUAACAAAGACUCAAACAAACGGCAGUCUGGAGGUGGUGCUCCUUCGAUGAGGAAGGGACGGGGCAGUGGGGGCGGAGGCGGCGGUCAGCGUGGAAGGGGCAGGUUUAAUGGCCGCAGAGAUGGACCAAUGAAAUUUGAGAAGGACUUUGACUUCGAGAGUGCCAACGCCCAGUUCAAUAAGGAGGAGAUCGACCGCGAGUUCCAGAGCAAACUCAAGAUUAAAGAUGAGAAGGGUGAGAAAUUGGAGAAGACCCUGAAUGGAGAGGAGAAGACCGAUUCAGGUGUGGAAACUCAGAACAGUGAAGGCAAUGCUGAUGAGGAAGAUCCACUGGGACCCAACUGUUACUAUGACAAAACCAAGUCCUUCUUCGACAACAUCUCUUGUGAUGGCUCUAGAAAGGAGAAAUCUGGAGGUGCUCCUGGGAGAGAGCGAAGGCACACCUGGGCGGAGGAGAGGAGAAUGAAUGCAGAGACUUUCGGUAUUCCACUGCGUCAUAAUCGUGGACGUGGAGGUUUCCGGGGCAGAGGUGGUGGCAUGGGCUUCCGUGGUGGUCGCGGGCGUGCAGCCAGCAGGGGCUCGUUCAUGCCCUCCCGUGGGGGCGGAGCCGGAUUCAGGGGUGGUUUCAGAGGUGGCAGAGGAGGGCGAGAGUUCUCUGAUUUUGAAUACAGGAAGGAGAACAAAGUGGCAGCAUAGUGAAACCUGAAGAUCAGAUCAUCCUAACAGCCAAGAAUCUACACUCAUCAACAUCUAGAUUAACGCUUUGGUUUCGACUCCUGACCAACAGGAACUCACACUCUCUCUCUCUCUCUCUCUCUGUUUAACACCAGCGUAGGUGUGGCCUGCCUUCUGCUGGACACGCAGCUUUGAGGUUUUUUUUUAAUCCUUAUUCCUUUUUAAGAAAAAAAAAAUGACAAGUCUUUUGGAAACAUUUGAUCUUUGUUUGAGGGGAAAGAGAAUUUGUGUAUAAAAUGCCAUCGAAUUAUUAUCUGGUAUUUUUGCAUCAAACCUUUAGUUCCUUUCGUAACAAACACAGGAAUGGUUUGAUAAUACUUUGUGUGGUGAACAGAACCCCGCUGAUACUGUGAGCGCUCCUCAGUCAAAUAGCUUUAUUAUGUUUAUUUUGUUGGAUCUAGUCUCUGGUGUCUUCAGAAGCAAAAAAAAAAAAAAAAAACUGGUCUAGAGGCUGUAAGGUUUGUGACAGACCAAAAUGAAACUGAAACCACCUAAUCGAAAUAAAUAUUUAAUCUCCCAAGAGCCUGCUAGAUUCGCACAUGUGGAACAUGCGCUUGAUGGUUGUCCAUCUGUAUAGAUGAUAUUUACUUAUUAAUUUGGUAGGUUGACAUGGUUUAAGUCUUUAGUGUUUAGUUACGUUAAAAAAAAACUUUUUUAGUUUGAGAUCUGCAUAUAAUCUGGACAAGCCUCUUUUUAGUUCUGUACUGUGUACACAUUUCAGACAACAUCAAUAUCGAACAAUAGGUCAGACCACCCUCCAGCGUCUCACUCAGAAACAUCCCGAUUUAUGAUUGAAUGUAUUGAUUAAUUCAACGAUGUCUGGAUGAACUCUUGUUGAAGGGUAUUUUUUUCUUUCUCUUUUAAACAGUUUUGUCCCGAAGUCCUCUCUGCCACUGUAUGCAGGAUGUUAGUUUGUCCCUGCUGGAUUAGACUUCUGUGUCCUGUCUUGAAAAUGUAUUUUGAGAAUUGAGUGCCAGUUAUUCUUGCCUUUAGAUGUCAAUUAUAGAUUUCUAAGAGGGCUUUUUGAUAAAAACUCAUCAAACCGUUAUCAAUGGCCAAUUAUGAGCCCCAUCACUGUUUAACGGCAAGAUCUUCAGGAGAGAUCCGCCGAACUCUUUAAGAACAAGAUUAGAUGUCUCAAGAAUUGUAUUAAUUUGCACUUUAAAGAAGCGUAACGCCUCCAUACAGUCACAUCUGUGUCAUAGAUGAAAAUUUGAUGAUGUCAUUUCAUUAUCCUCAUUCACCAGAUGAAUAUUGUCACAGGACCCAAAGCAUGGAACAGAAAAGUAAUUGUCUGGUGACUUGGAUGAAUUAUAAAAGGAUAUUUUAGGCGAAUAGAUUUGUCUUAAAGGGAUAGUUCACCCCACCUCCCACCUUUUGGGUGAACGAUGUCUUUAAUCGGGACAAAAUUGCAGUAUUUCUCUUGAAUGCAUAAAUCCAUUGACUUAUUAACUGGAUAGAAAGAUGGUUUCAUUGCAUAGCUCUGGCCUUGAAGUAAAAUGUUAUGAUGCCCAGUCUGAAUACAAAAUGAGUGUCCAUAAAGCCCUUUUGUGAGUAGUUCCAGUUCAUGUUUGAAUCUCUUGUAUGUUUGUGCAUUAUUUCAGAUACCAGCCGUCUAUUGCUCUUUUAAUUGUGGACAAGUUUGUGUGCCCUACUUAUCCAUCCCUUUUGAAUGUCGCUGAAGCACUAGUUCCUGUACUAAUGGGUUCAUUUAGUUAUUUUGAGUUAUGAGUCAUGUGGUGUACUUCAUAUUUUUAAUUUAAGGGAUCCAAAGACUGAAUUAUGACUACAUUUUUGGAGGGGAAAUGCUCUUUCAGCUUGUUCUACUUUUAUUUUCUCAUUUAUAUCCCCAGAGUUUGGCAUCUUGUUUGUUUCAUAUUUGAAGCGCUACUUGUAUUAGCUAAACUGCUCCCUUUUAAAAGCACUACAGGUUUGCAGAGAAAUCUCUCAGACACACAGGCAGCUGGUUAAAUGCAGUGAUUAGCCACUGCGCUGAUCACUCCAACGAGGGCAUGCUGGGAAAUCUAUCGAGUCACAGGUAUUGGUGCAGAGUGGCUGAAAUCGGACUGGACUGAGAUGUCGAAUUAAACCUCAGGCCUGAUACAGUAAUAAAGUUUAUGCCUAACCUUGUAUAAGAUUUCAAACUAGACACGUGCAGAGUGUUUCAUGUAAUACAGGGUUGACAAAUGAUUUUUGUGCUAAGUCCUCUGGAAGAAUUUGACUGGCAAAGUUUUUGUUUCAUGAAUUCAAGCAAUUGUACAUGAUGUGCUCUUAGAGGGAUUCAAACGGGCAGACAGAAGUUUUUAUUCAAACAAGAGAAAUAAAUAGUUGUUCAGUA